AUGCAGACUGGUUCUACAAACAUUUGUGAAAGACUGUGCAAUAAGUCCAUCCAUGAAAUUUCCUUGCUACUAAAUUAUUCCACAAUCAACUGUUAGUGGUAUUAUAACAAAGUGGAAGAAACUGGGAACAACAGCAACUAAUAGAUGAAGUGGUAGGCCACUUAAAAUGACAGAGUGGGGUCAUCGCAUGUUGAGUCGCAAAGUGCACAGAAGUUCGUGUGGACUUCAUAUUAGCACAACAAGAGUACAUAGAGAGCUUCAUGGAAUGAGUUUCCAUGGUCGAGCAGCUGCAUCCAAGCCUUACAUCACCAAGUACACUGCAAAGCAUCGGAUGCACUGGUGUAAAGCAUGCCACCACUGGACUCUAGAGCAGUGGAGAAGUGUUCUCUGGAGU